UAUACUCUCCCUACAUCAUCAUGGCUCUCAUCUCUCUGAUGCUGCUGGCUGCUGUGCUACCAUACCUGGGCCACUCUGCCAGUGUUAAAGUUGGUAUAAUAAAUGGCACCGAGGCUAAACCUCACUCCAGACCCUACAUGGUCUCCCUCCAGAUGGGUGGACGACACAUGUGUGGCGGCUUUCUUGUAUCUGACCAAUUCGUCAUGACGGCUGCGCACUGCUAUAUGAACCGACCAAGAUUUACAGCAGUGCUGGGUGCUCAUGAUGUGUCAAACAGUGCAGAAGGCUCCGUCUCCAUGGAAGUGGUGGCUUACUACCCCCAUCAGCAGUUUAAUUUACGUAAUCUAGACUACGACAUCAUGCUUUUGAAGUUGCGUUCAAAAGUCACACCGUCUGCAUCUAUCAGCUGGAUCACCCUACCUCAAAGAGAUGAGGACAUCCCGGCCAACACGGUCUGCAGUGUAGCUGGCUGGGGAGGCACAGCAGCCUUUCAUCCCCCGACUAACCGUCUUAUGGAGACAAAAAUCACGAUCAUAGACAGGCACAGUUGUGGUCAAUAUUGGAGAUUAACCACAAGGAUGGUGUGUGCACAUUAUCCUGGAGGAUCUUGUCAGGGAGACUCUGGGGGUCCUCUGGUGUGUAAUAAUGUUGCAGCGGGUAUUGUUUCUUUUGGUGAGAGGCGCUGUGAUUCAACAUUAAGGCCAAAUGUUUAUGCCAGAAUUUCCGGCUUUCUGCCCUGGAUCAGCUACAUUAUCACAAGAGGCUAGUCUGCAAAAGAACCAAAGAGGAAGCACUCGGCUAUUUUCAUUUCAAUUAAAGCAUUUCUCAAGCAUAUA